AUGGGUGGUUGUUGCUUCUCUACACCGCUCGAGAAUGAACAACCAAACGACGGAUUCUGUGACUGGCCUUUCACAGAGUUCUUACUCUCCGAUCUUAACACAGCGACCAAGAACUUCAGUUCCGAGGAGAUCAUAUCAGAGAAGGCACAAGACUCUUCCAAUGUUGUCUACAAGGGUCUUUUGUCAGAGAAUCUUGGCUUCGUUGCUGUCAAGAGAUUCAAGAAUUCAGAUUGGCCUGAUCAUGAAGAGUUUGCGGAAGACGCAAAAUCACUUGGGGAGAUAAAGCACAAGAGACUCGUGAAUCUGUUUGGAUAUUGCUGCGAUGAAGAUGAAAGGCUUCUUGUUUCAGAUUUCAUGCCUAAUGAUACUCUUGCUCAUCGUUUGUUCCAUCAGAAAAGUCAAGCCAUGGAGUGGUCAAUGAGGUUGCGAGUGGCGUUUCAUAUAGCAGAAACAUUGGAGUAUUGCAAUAGUGAAGGUUUUGUAUCAUACAGUAACUUAAGUGCUCACUCGGUUCUGUUUGAUAAGGAUGGUGAUGCUUGUCUUUCAAGUUUCGGCUUGAUAAAAGCGAUAAGAUAUGAUCGAAGUCAGCGAGCAAGAGUGAACACUAAAAGUGUGACAUAUAGAUUUGGUACUAUCCUUGUGAAUCUGUUAACUGGAAGGCAAACUCCUCCAAGCCAUGUUCCUGAGAUGAUAAACGGAAAGCAUGUAACUGAGCUGAUGGAUCCGAGUCUGAAGGGAAAGUAUUCUAAAGAAGAAGCUGCCACAGUUUUGAAACUCGCCGCUGAAUGUUUGCAGUGCGAAGCUAGAAAGAGUCUCAUCACAAAAGAGCUUGUUGCAACACUUAAAAGCCUUGCAAUCUAA